AUGUAGUCUAACUGUAUUUCGUUGUGGAGGCUCUUCUUUAAAUUGCUGUAGCAGUAAUGUCAGGUCGCGGUAAACAAGGCGGGAAAGCUCGAGCCAAGGCCAAGACUCGGUCCUCUCGAGCCGGUCUCCAGUUCCCUGUGGGCCGUGUGCACCGCCUGCUCCGCAAAGGCAACUACUCUGAGCGAGUGGGAGCCGGUGCUCCGGUGUACCUGGCGGCGGUGCUGGAGUAUUUGACCGCCGAGAUCCUGGAGCUGGCGGGCAACGCGGCCCGAGACAACAAGAAGACACGUAUCAUUCCACGCCACUUACAGCUAGCCAUCCGCAACGAUGAGGAGUUGAACAAGCUUCUGGGCCGUGUGACUAUCGCGCAGGGCGGUGUCCUGCCUAACAUUCAGGCUGUGCUGCUGCCGAAGAAGACUGAGAGCCAUCAUAAGGCCAAGGGAAAGUAAAGUGUUGACUACUUGCAUUGGCUUUUUCAUUUUCCGUGAGAACGAAAAAUCAGCCGAAUAACAAAGGCUCUUUUCAGAGCCACCCACCAUUUCCGUUAAAUGAGCU